GUUUCAAGUAAAAGAAAGGCGGGUGUCUGAAAGUCAACAAAUAUCUAAUUUCAAAACACUUCCAUCACUUUCUGCUGGCACCGAAUUACGUAAUGGAAAAACUUAAUCCGAUCUCCACUCUUCUCUUGGCUGUUCUAUGGAUCCUUGCAACUUCUUCAGCGGGUACUGACGCGGCAUUGGUCAACAACAUUCGGAUUCCAACCAGCUUGGCCAGCUUGUUAAAUGGUAAUAUUACCAUCAACGGCAACAAUAUCACGGUGACCGUUGGCGGACUGGGCAACUUGACAACUGCCCAACAACAAGUCGUGGCUGGACUGUUACUGCGCAAUUUAUUACCGGGCGGUUUCGGUUCCGGGUAUCCAUUUGAUCUGGGUGGGUUGGGCUACCAGUACGGCUUUAAUGUGGGCGAUUAUCUGGGAACAUCCGGACCGGCGGCAGCAGCGGCGGCAGCCUACGUUAACCCACUUCUAGCGGCCGGUUACCAACAAGCACCGGUCGUGACCACGUCGUUAUUCCCUUUCCAGAACCUGGUGGCCGGGGGAGUAGGGAAUUUUUUUGGUUAUGCACCGAGCUCUUUGGGAGCGGUUUUGUCGUCACCGAAUCCGUCGCCGCUAUACACACCGUACGCGCCGACGCUCGGGAGUUAUAGUGGAGUUCUUGCUGGAAGAUAACGUCUUAAUUGUUCUCAGUGUGCAAAUAAAUGUGAUUACGAGCAUAAACUUUAUUCACGUUCGUGCGCACCCUUGCUUUGUUCGCCGGUAUUCUGUUGACCUUAUUAAGCAUGUCUCACAGUCACAAUAGAUGGUGGGAAAGCUAGGCAGUGCCUACACGCGCGUGCGUCGAAUGGACGUUAACAAAAGGGUUUCUUCUUC